UCCAUUUGCACCACACUCUCUCCUCUUUCUGUCUUUCUUUCUUGUCUGCUUCCACCAUCCCUCUCAUGCUUGAUAUCCAUCUUUGUCCUGAUCCGUUUACUGUGUGUUUGGUGUUUGCGUCCUCUCAAUCUCAAUCCUUCACCAUUCAUUCACGCCUACUCUUCAUGUGCAGUUUGCGUUUUUUCCAGCUCAGACAGACAGAAAAAGCAAGGGGGAUUUUUUUUAAUUUUUCCUAGAUAAAAACACCCUGAAAGCCUUUUUUUUUUUUUAAAUAAAUUGACAGCUUUGGGGAAGAAUUCCUGAGGACAGUCAGUCAUUUCAUUUAUUAUUUUUUACGCAUCAACAAUCGCACGUAUAGCCUGGAGAGGAUAAAAGCUGAAAAACGCAUUGUGGGUUUUUUUUUUGGAGAAAUUACUUAGCUUUGCGGAAGGUGUCGCCGGUGGUGGAGCAGAGGGGGAUUUAUUUAAUAAGAGGAACUAAUCCGACUGUGUUAAGUUUGCUGAGGUAUAGGGUACCUGUCAGGGAGAGAAAAAGAGAGAUAGCACCGUGGAAAGAUAUACGCGUCAUUUCCAAAGACACCAGCGCAACAAGCCAACACCAUUACACCAGCCUGCUGUGUGGAUGUGUCUUCCUCUGGUGAACUGGUGCAGGGUAUCCACACUGUGGGACUAGGGUCCAGCUGAGAUUCAGGGUCUUUCUAGCGAUAUGAAAGAUAAGUUCACCUCCUGAGGGCCACAACUUCCACACUGAGCUGACUCACUGACAACUGCACCCAGAGGUUUUCGGAUAGACCUUCACAUGUGACUGAACUCAGAAGACUCCAAGCAUCAUCAUCGCCGCCAUGUUUCUGCACAAGCGUAUCCUGGAUUUCACUCCACCUGUCACGCCAUGUAUGAAUGUCAUCUCCUAUCUGCUGGUUCUGCUUCCAGGAGUCACUCAUUUCUCCCAGGGCAGCGCCAGCCCUGAAGAUGGUAUCGGCGGCGCACCAGGCAACUGCUCCAGUGAGGAUAACUGCACCGACGGUGUGGUGCUGCCAAUGUGGAACCCACAAAACCCUGCGGUGGGCGACAAGGUGGCACGCGCCAUUGUUUACUUUGCGGCCCUCAUAUACAUGUUCCUGGGCAUGUCCAUCAUCGCGGACCGCUUCAUGUCUUCUAUCGAGGUCAUUACCUCUCAGGAGAAAGAGAUCACCAUCAAGAAGCCCAACGGUGAGACGACGACGACUACCGUGCGCGUCUGGAAUGAGACGGUGUCCAACCUGACUCUGAUGGCGCUGGGCUCAUCUGCGCCAGAGAUCCUUCUGUCUGUCAUCGAAGUGGUCGGCCAUAACUUCGAGGCUGGAUCUCUGGGUCCCAGCACCAUCGUGGGCAGCGCUGCAUUCAACAUGUUCAUUAUCAUCGCUAUCUGUGUCUAUGUGGUGCCAGAAAACGAAACCCGCAAGGUAAAGCACCUGCGGGUGUUUUUUGUCACCGCCGCCUGGAGCAUUUUCGCCUACAUCUGGCUGUAUCUCAUCCUGUCUGUGGUCUCCCCUGGAGAGGUGGAGGUUUGGGAGGCCGUCGUCACCUUCCUCUUCUUCCCUGUCUGUGUGCUGCAAGCCUGGAUCGCAGACCGGCGCCUGCUCUUCUACAAGUACGUCCACAAGCGGUACCGCGCCGACAAGACCCGCGGCAUCAUCAUCGAGUCAGAGGGAGAUGCCAUGUUCACUAAAAUGGACUUGGAGAUGGACGGCCAGGGUGUGAACUCCCACACUCACCCCAAGGAGGCUCUGGAUGGGAUGCUGGAGGGGGUGGAGGAAGGUGGAGGGAUGAGUGCGGAGCAAGAUCAAGAGGAAGAGGCCCGACGGGAUAUGGCCCGCAACCUGAAAGACUUGAAACAAAGGCACCCGGAGAAGGACAUGGAGCAGCUGAUUGAGAUGGCCAACUACCAAGUGCUGGUCCAACAACAGAAGAGCCGGGCCUUCUAUCGCAUUCAAGCCACGCGCAUGAUGAUCGGUGCUGGGAACAUCUUGAAAAAGCACGCCGCUGACCAGGCCAGGAAGGUGGUGAGCUGUCAUGAGGCCAGCGGGCAAGAAGAAGAUCCCAACACCAUCUACAUGCAGUUUGACCCCUCUCACUACCAGUGCUUCGAGAACUGUGGCUCACUGAAGCUGUCAGUGGGCCGGCAUGGAGGAGAAAGUGGCUGCACUGUGAAGGUGGACUACCGUACAGAGGAUGCGACUGCCAAUGCCGGCUCAGACUACGAGUUCGCCGAGGGCACGUUGGUCUUCAAGCCUGGUGAGACAACGAAAGAGUUCACCGUUGGCGUUAUCGAUGACGAUAUUUUCGAAGAGGACGAGCACUUCUACGUGCGUCUGAGCAAUCCACGUAUCGUGCACCGAGCCGAGGUCUCCACCCUGGAGCCAAACUCCAUCACCUCCAGCAACAGCACGGUGGGUAUCUCCCACGUCCCUCCGAAGGCCGCCCUGGGCACCGCUCACACCGCCACGGUUACCAUCUACGACGACGACCACGCUGGCAUUUUUACCUUUGAGAGCCCCUCCACAAGGGUCAGCGAGAGCGUCGGCAACAUGCAGGUGAAGGUUCACCGGACGUCCGGGGCGAGGGGGAAGGUGGCAGUGCCCUACCACACCGUUGAGGGCACCGCCAAGGCUGGGGAGGACUACGAGGAGGUGUCCGGCAAGUUGGAGUUUCAGAACGAUGAGACCAUGAAGAUGCUGAAUGUAAAGGUCAUCGAUGACGAGGAGUACGAGAAGAACAAGACUUUCACGGUUGUGUUGGAGGAGCCCAUCCUGCUGGAGGUGGGACAGAGACACGGAGACACCAACGAUAACAAGACAGCACUGGGACCGGAGGACGUGUCAAAGAUGGGCUGCCCCUGUCUGGGCGAGCACACCAAGCUGGAGGUGGUAAUUGAGGAGUCCUAUGAAUUCAAGAGCACAGUGGACAAGCUGAUUAAGAAGACCAACCUGGCUCUGGUGGUGGGGAGCAGCAGCUGGAGAGAGCAGUUUGUUAGCGCUGUCACUGUCAGCGCAGGUGAUGACGAUGAGGAAGAGAGCGGGGAGGAACGCUUGCCCUCCUGCUUCGACUACAUAAUGCACUUCCUGACAGUUUUCUGGAAAGUCCUCUUUGCUUUUGUCCCACCCACUGAGUACUGGAACGGCUGGGCCUGUUUCAUCGUGUCCAUUUCCCUCAUUGGCGUUCUGACAGCUGUGACCGGGGACUUGGCCUCUCAUUUCGGCUGCACCGUCGGUCUCAAAGACUCGGUCACCGCUGUGGUGUUCGUGGCCCUAGGCACCUCUGUUCCAGAUACAUUUGCAAGCAAAGUGGCUGCCAUCCAGGACCAAUACGCUGACGCCUCCAUCGGCAACGUGACGGGCAGCAACGCGGUGAACGUGUUCCUGGGCAUCGGGGUGGCGUGGACCAUCGCGUCCGUUUACUGGCACACCAAAGGCAUGCCGUUCAAGGUGAACCCGGGCUCCCUGGCCUUUUCCGUAACCGUCUACACCGUCAUGGCGCUGUUUUGUGUGGUGGUGCUGCUCUACCGCCGGCGUCCCAGCGUGGCGGGCGGAGAGCUCGGGGGCCCACGGACACCCAAGCUCCUCACCUUCUUCAUGUUCCUCUCCCUCUGGGGCGUCUACAUCAUGUUGUCCGCCCUGGAGGCUUACUGCCACAUACCUGGCUUCUGAGACAGAGGGAAACGCACAGACACGGCUCCUCUCCUUGUUUUUACAGUCUACUGAACGUGUUUUCUCUCUGUUUUUGUCUAUUUUCACAAAGGUUUAUAACUAUUUGUAUCAUUAGUUAUUAUUGAUACCGCGCAAUAUUUGAUUGACUCUGAAUCUUUGGACUUUGGAACUUUGCUACCACCCGCUACGCUGUGGAGUAUAGCUUUAGCCACUGAAAUUAAACCUCUUCUCAACUUUUCUUCCUUUUUUUUUUUAAACACUACUGGACAUUUACUAUCUAAUCAUUACUAUCAGCAUAAAUCGCAUCAAACCUUCUGUCACUUGAAACGUAACAUUUCUGGCACAUGUCCUCUCUCUGUGUGGACAAUUAUUUGACUUCUUAAGUGUUAAGAAAGCACAAGAGUAAAGCAGUAUUUUGAGGGAAAAUUAAGGGUGGCGCAUGGGACGACAUUAUACUUGACAUUUGCGUACAAGGAAAGCCAUUACCGAGGCCGAAGUGACAUAUUUGUGUGGAUAUUUAUUACUCAAUCUAUACAUUAAUUAUUCAUUGUAUAUCAUGUAAAAGAUGAACAUUGUGCGUGGGAGUUUUGUGAAAGAGUAGGUGUGUUUACUUUUGCACGUUAUCAGAUUAAGAGUUUCUCUUAGUAAUCUAUUUUAAAGUACUGUAUGUAAUAUUUUGACAUGGCUGUUGACGUGUUGAUGUGUACCUGUACAUGUGAAUCACAGCUGUAUCAUAAUCUUUUCACUGCCUGGUCCCCUCUCCCACAAAGCUUUCUCAAUCAGUAUCAUGUUUGACAUAGCCAGGGUUAAAAAUGCCUUUUUUUUACAACAUAAGUCUACUAUGAAAUAUAAAUUCUUUGAGCACAUUUAGGAUUUUUUGCGCGUGUGUAGUGUGGGUGUAUGUGUGUGUGUGCGCGUGUGUGUGCGUGCACCUCUGCUCUCGAGCACAAAUUGGCGAAAGGCAUGGUACUAUUUCGUCAUUGACUCCUCAAAUGGUACGGGUGUUCAUGACAUUCAAAAAAAAAGUGCAGUCUGAGUACGGAUAUGAGAAGGACACCAGUUUUCGUAUCUGUCACGCUGACACUGUGAACAUUUUUCAACAUCACCUCUAGAAAAAGCACAGCAGAGAACAAAGGGUCACUUUUCAGACGAGUGCAGGAAGAGUUAUUGGUUCCUAAUCAUAGCACAAUCACCGAACGGGUCCAUCAUCUGGGAUGAAAAUUGUGCUAAAAGAGAAGACAUGUACAGCAUUUCCUGAGAGUGUCUCCUUGUGUCGCACAGCAGUUGAUAUUGAAGUUUAUUUUAAAUUUAACCUAGAAUCUGUAGAGCCAUAUUUAUUGUAACUGUAUUACAGUAAAGGUAUUUAUAUGAUCAACUUUAGUUUUAUUGAUAUGCACGUUUAAUGUACAAAAAGUGGAAAUAAAUGUUGCUCAUUUAUGAUGCUGUAAAA